AUGACACUUAGCAAUGAGCAGUUAAAUGUUGAACUGGAGAGUGGUCAAGGGGAACAAGUUGUGGAACCCUUCAAGUACACGCCAAACGGUGUUCGAAUCCAACAUUAUCAUCCAAGCGGCCCACCGACCUCAGAUUCAGCUGAAUCCUCCACUUACGAUAUACAACCACUUCAAGCAGUUCAGCCACCUCCAGUAGCGCCAAUUGCGCAACCUAAUCGUGCUCUAACCCAAUCACCGAUUGUUUAUGCAGCCGUUCAGAUACCAUCUUCGAAUAUCGAGAUGAAAGCAAAAACUCCGUCAAGUGAUUCGAACAAGGCGGAGUCUGGAAGUAAAACCAGCGGAAGGUCAGGUGAUGAGAGCAAGUCGAAGAAAAGGUCGUCAUCAGUGUCAAAAAGUAAACGAAAGAAACGUCAUAAGAAAAAGAAGGAAUCCAUCAAGGAAUCUGAUAAAGGCACAACAUCUGGAUCGAGCAAGAAGGUGGAGGAUUCAAGCGUGAAGAAGAAAAAGAAGAAAAAGCAUAGACGAUCCAAACAUUCACGUAAAACUGCCAAGAGCAGUAGUAAGAAGAAGCAUCGAAAGCAUAAGCGAAGUAAAAAGUCCAAACACCACAAAUCAGAUAAGGAAGCGGCAAAGACACCAGAAAAAAAUGAGUCACAGCAUUGA